UUAUUUAUUUCGGAAAAAUUGAAGUUCGUUUAGUAAAAAACACAGGCUAGAUUGAAACAAUGAUUCCUUCAGUAAAAUUUAAAAAAAUCAAUUUUGACACUCACGACCUAGAAGUGAAGCGCGAAUAUCAAUUUUCCAUGAAACUUUCCUGAGCUUCCAAAUUUUUUAUAAGAUUCUUCCACCGAAUCUAUGCGAAAAAGUGUUACACGCUUUUUGAUAUGGACUUUUAUUGUUCAGUCUUAGUGUUUGCUCUCACAGAGUUAACGGACGUCUCAAAAAACGGGAAUAAAAAUACAACAGUCACGUCGGGUGUCGAUUCAAUUUUUUUCGCAAUAAUUGUUAGGAUCGAUAACCUAAAAGUUUGAAAAAAUCGCAAUGAGAAGAUCCAAUCGGUAUGAAAAAAAUGGCACGUGGUUUUCUGAAGGAUCAAAAUAUUUCGGUCGUGUCUGAAUAUUUCGAGGUGUAAUUCCAAGUCCGUAACGCCAUUUUUAGAGAAAAAUGAGGACAAUGAAAACUUUUGUAACGGAAGUUGUACGCUUACAUCAACGAACUAAUGACAAGGAAUGGAGUUGUGAAAUCUGACGGAGCGAAGAUCCAAUGCUGGAGCACUUCAAGCGUAUUUCUCGUCUUUAUUACAUAAACGUCACUCGACUACCGUUGCAGUUGCAAGUCACUGAAAGCAUCGUACCGUAGCGAGAGUAUUAUGACGCUCGGUGAGUCGAGUGACCCGGAGCGUUUGAGGUGAGAAGACGAGAAGGUGCGUUCGUCGAAGGGGUGCCGUGAUUGGGUGGCUCGUCGAUAUCAAAGGCGGAAUGACCGGGCGAAUGACUUUGUCUUUCCACUCGCCGAUAAUGGAGGAGCACGAGAAGAGUCUCGUAGCGGGUAGUCUGGAGCAGAGGAAAGAGGCGUUCAAGGAGGACGAGGAGCUCAUGAAAGAGACGACCAAGUUCGUCACCGAGGUCAUCGAGACCGCGGCUUCCGAGGCGACCAAAAGAAAAUUCGAGUCCGAGGCUGGCGAGGCGAGCGAAGGCAGUAGAUUGAAGGGCGGGGAUCCCGUCGGCCGCUGGAACAACCGAGCCCGUGGCUUCUGCAAUCGGAUACUGAACGCGCUGUGCCCGUGCUUCACGACCAAUGAAUUGUUCGCCUGGACGCCGUACCGAUAUCGCUUCACGAGACCUUAACCGCUUUCCGAUACCGGAAGUUCCGCCGUCGUAACGGAACUGCGAUCUAACGAACAGUGAUGACGAUAUCCAAUGACGAAGUCCCUCGGUCCCUCGUUCCUCCACUUGCUGCGGGAGGUUUGUGCAGUUUGACAAGCGAAUGGAAUAGGAGCGCGGAGGCGACUCUUCGCGAGGGCACCGAUGUGGCAGAGUUGCGAGCCUUCUUCUCCCACGUCUUUCAAUACUUCGCUCAAAUCACCGCAAAUCAAUUGCUCCCGGGCAAAGGAAGUGAGGAAACUUUCCGCUCGAACGAUGAAAAUGGUCGCGACCGGGAAAGCUCGCCAGAAUUGAGCGCCGGCCCUCAGUUUUCCUUCGCAUCGUUCAUUCUUUUUCCCUCAAAUCCAAGAGCCCGGAGCGUCGACGCACGAUUUUCCGCUCAAACUCAAACGGCGUCUCACAAAAGUAGAAAUUAUUGUAUAGCCACUAACUUCGACUGUCCGCAACGGACAGCUUGUGCGUAUAAACGAGACUAAAAGCAAGGAGAAAAGGGACAAAGUCACUGAGGAAGUUCGUUCGCAUUCAACGUUAGCCCGAUGGCCCAAUAAUUGUAUAGCGACUAAGCAUAGUAGCGUUGCAGGCUCUCAAAUUCGUGCGAUUGGGACGCCCUGCUUUUAGAGAUACUUCGAUUGAACCCUCCGCGACGAAGGCGAAAGUUCUUUGUACUCCUAUGCCGUCCUGAAUCCUCAGUAUUGUUAAUUCACUUACUCUUAACCCCGUGAUCAUCCUGGUCGUUCAUUCGUUUUCUCCGCUUCGAAAGAACUCGAGUUCUGACCAUCCCAAAAAUCGUUUUUUCCUACUGCUCUGUCUCUACAGAUCCGCUUCGAUGUUUCAUGACUCUUUCAACAGUCACAUUUUCUGUGGAAAUGCCUCAGGACGACUGCCAGUCGCUGGAAGCUCCUUCCAUCACUCGUAACUGCUUUUGAGUAAAAUUUACUCUGAAAUUUAGUUGAACGACGAUACGACGAGCGUAUCGAUUUGCUCGAAGGCUUUGAGGCUGCUCGGGGGUAGAAUCGAGUCGAAAAUUUAGUUAAACAACUUUCGUACGAAUGUAUUGAUUUGCUCGAAAGUUGUGAGGCUGUCUGAGGGUUUAAAUCGAGUCUAGAAUUCAAUUGAAAGACUUUUCGUACGAGUGUACUGAUUUGCUUGAAAGUUGCGAAGCUCUUUUUGAGCAAAUAGUCUUCAGAGUGUCUCUAUUUUGUUACACACGAAAGAACCACUAGGAACAUCGUUGUUUUAUCAAAGUUAUGAUUUUCGUGGUUAUAUUCGGAGUGACACUUUCUCGUUGGAACACUAAAAUUUCACUUUUUCAUUGGAGAAUACAAAAGUAUAUUGGAAUGAGACUAAUUUUUGGAGCAGCAAUAUUUCGGAGGCUGCAUCGUGAUGGGAGAAGAUAUUUGAGAUCAGAAGAGCAGUGAGAUCAAAUGAUUUUGGAGUACAGACGAUCUUGGAAGCGAGUUUUCGUGGGGUGGAGAAAGGAGGAGUGGAACAGCUGGAUCGUCCAUUAAUCUGAAUGUCACUCGUUCGUUGCGUUACUAAUUUUGCAUGCAGAACGAUCAGAAAGUUUGGAAAAAUGAUUCGAAGCUCCAAGGAGAAGUUGUGAGGAAUUUUUCAAAAAUGUUUGUAUCGUGUUAAAGUUUGAGUUUGUCAAGAAAAUUCGAAGGGGUUUUCAAUAGAAAGGCUCGACUUAACAAAAAAGUAUUAAUUCUGACGAAUGUGAUGGGAUUCAGAAAAAUGUUGACCGAAGUAGCCAGCCAUUGGGGUGGCUCCACACCGCUGUAUCUCGUGACCAAUAAUUCUUCGAACUCUCGAAUUUUUCAGUGACUAAUCUCGAUGAAAAUAUUUCGAGCAGAGCGAUUCUAAGCUUUCUGUGCGUUGCGUAGCUUCACAAUUGCUUUAGCCCCUUGAGAGCAAUCUCUGAUGCUUCUAAAAAACGUUAAGAGGCUUCGACGAAUCCGCUGAGAAAGGGGAUUUGCUAUAUUAUCAUGAAAAAGCCUUCGAACAAACUGUCCUAUAAAAAGACCUCACAUAUCUAUGGCGAAAGUACGAAAACAGGAUCAGAGUAAAUGUAAAUAAAAAAAAGCCCUUCGACUCACCAAAACAAGGUAGAAAUUUUAACGUCAAACUCUUCUUGAGACUGGAGCGACCAAAAAAUUUGAUUUUCGAAAUAAAAUUUUGUUCUCGUUUCGUUCGAAGCUGCAAAAUCGGAUUGGAAUAAAAUGUUCCAAGUUGUUUGAUCCUAAGAGUGUUAAACACUUGAGUGUGAAGUACGUAAAAAGAUGAAUAUUUAUAAAUGAGUAAAGAAGCUAUACGUGUAUAUAAGGAUUAGGAUAAUUUGAGAAAAGAGAAAAAACUGAAAGAGAUUAUAUUUAUUUUUAUUCUCUUCCCAAACUUAUAGUUUUUUAUUUAAUUAUCAAAUCAUAUAAGAGCUCGUUCGUAAAAGGAACAAUAAGAAUUGAGAAUAUGGGGACAAAAAGCUGCGACGAAAGGGCGAUUCGAGUGCAGCAAAUGGGAACAAAAAUAUCGUAUUAAAUUGACAAUCAAUCAUGUAAGUGGGAGUGAGCCUCGGGCUAUCAAUUCGUAGCACAAUCCAACAAACUCGCUAGAGAAUUUGAGAUCGACAGAACGAUCCUCGAUCCGAGCUAUUUAAAUUGUAAAAACGAAGAAAAAAUAAUUGGGAAACAGGAAAGCGCCAUCUUCACCGCGUUCAGAAGCGACUCAACAGCGCACUCACUACAGUCACUACGGCGAUGACACUUUAGUAUUUGUAUGACACUUAAUAUUGUUAUGAUUAUCAAUAUUUUCAUCUUUAUUGUGUGCCAUCACCACUACCACUGCUACUACUAUGAUUGUCAAAAAAAUAGUGAUCGUCUUCGGUGUUUGAUAUUUAUGAACGGUUAAGAUAUUAUAAUCGGUGUGUUAAAUAAAUUUGAAAGAAAUAUUGAAGAUUGAAA